GGUGUUCCCGACGCGAGUCACGCGACGCGUCGCAGCUGACGGAAGUGCAGGGCGCUUGUGUUGUUGUGCUCGGCUUGUGUCAUGUACAGCGGUCUGUGAUGUUGCCGUGAGAUGAUCGUGUCAUGACAACCGCGCGCAUCAUGGCAGCUCUAUCGGGUCAGAGCGAUGAUCCCGCCGAACCGGACCAGUCCCUGCAGCACAUGCUGAAGGCCAUCGCGGACGAGCGGAACCGCCUGAACGUCAAGCAGGACCUUAGCGGACUGGGGUGCUUCAAGGAUGACCGCAUAGUGUUCUGGACAUGGAUGUUCUCCACAUACUUCAUGGAGAAAUGGUCGCCCCGUCAGGAUGAUAUGCUCUUCUAUGUGCGACGCAAGCUCUCGUAUGUCAGUGCAGAUGAAACCGAAGGGAAAAAGGUGGAGGUCGAGGUUUACAGAAGAGACUCUAAAAAGCUGCCUGGGCUCGGUGAUCCUGACAUCGACUGGGAAGAGAGCGUCUAUCUCAAUCUCAUCCUGCAGAAGCUGGAUUAUGUGGUCACAUGUGCAGUUUGCACACGUUCAGAUGCAGGAGACAUCCACAUCCACAAAAAGAAAUCACAGCAAGUGUUUGCCUCUCCAAGCAAACACCCAAUGGACAGCAAAGGGGAAGAAUCCAAAAUGAGCUACCCCAACAUCUUCUUCAUGAUUGACAACUUUGAGGAGGUGUUCAGUGAUAUGACUGUUGGAGAAGGUGAGAUGGUCUGUGUGGAGCUGGUGGCCAGUGACAAAAGCAACACAUUCCAGGGCGUCAUCUUCCAGGGCUCCAUCCGCUACGAGGCCCUCAAGAAGGUCUAUGACAACCGGGUAAGUGUGGCCGCUAAGAUGGCCCAGCGGAUGUCGUUCGGCUUCUACAAGUACAACAACAUGGAGUUUGUGCGGAUGAAGGGUCCUCAGGGCAAAGGUCACGCUGAGAUGGCUGUGAGUCGAGUGCCCACUGGAGACACCUCACCCUGCGGCACUGAAGAGGACCAAGACUCCCCCCUCCAUGAAAGGGUGACAUCAUUCAGCACUCCCCCUACCCCGGAGAGAAACAGACCCUCCUUCUUCUCACCAUCACUCCGCCGGAAAGUGCCCCGAAACCGAAUCGCCGAGAUGAAGAAAUCGCAUUCGGCGAACGACAGUGAGGAGUUUUUCAGAGAGGAGGAUGAUGAAGACCUGUGCAACACUACAAACCUACGCUCCCGCUCUUUAUCAGGGACUGGCCGCUCGCUGGUGGGUUCUUGGCUCAAGCUGAACAGAAAAGAGGAGUAUUUUCUGCUGUAUUCUCAUCUCACCUAUGUGACUCUUCCUUUGCAUCGAAUCACCACAGAUAUUCUGGAAGUGAGACAAAAGCCCAUUUUGAUGACAUAGCAUUUCCAGACUCCUCAAAAACAGUUACCAAGUGCCUCCUCACAUCAGGCCCUCGAGGAACCGCCAUCUGGCAUCUGGACAGAUAACCAAAAAAACUACGAACAGUACACAACGGUGACCGAGAAGAGGAAAAGGGAACAUCUCCAUCAAGAAGUGCCUCUUCCACCUGUUCUUCAGUGAGACACCCUCCAGAGCGGCUCGAGACCUGGAACUAAAGUGGCACUAGACCAUGAUAAGCGAAAGGGAAAUGAAACACAAUAAACGAAUGUCGUUCUUGUAAAUACACUGCUGCUUAGAUACUCAGUGAAAUGUACCGACCACAGCCGUCUCCCUUCCUCCCUCCCUCAAGAGACACUCGUAGGUUUCACGAUUUUGCUGAUUUUGUGUAUAGUAUAUUUUCCAAAGGACAUUUCCUCACAGCUCUAGGCCUUAAUACAUCGCUAACCAGCUAAUAUAUAACACACGCCAUCCUUUUGAUACCCAUUGCUAAUGAAUCACAGAUGUCCAGCAAACGUCCUCCUUUACUUACACGAUUGUCUGUUACUCGAUGUGUUCGAGGGGAUUUGAUAUCCAAAUACUAGUGAACAUGACGUAUCUCCUUGAGAGGACUCUGGCACGUUUCGGGUGCCAUUUUAGGACUUGGUAGAAGGAUGACGACACCACCUGAGCACAGUUCUUGGAAACAUCUCCGUCCACAAAGACACUUAAAUGUCCUUAAAUGUGACACUGCUUUUUUUUUCCUUCGCUGUGAUUUCUUCGAGUUUGGUGACGGUCGUCUUCGAGUUUCAGUUUUGAAAACUCUUUUGCACUAAAGGGCUUUUGGAGUUGAACAUGUUUAGCCAACCCAAAGUGUCAGUAUUACUUUGUUUUGUAUGUGUGUGUGUGUGUGUGUCAGCUGAAUGUAAUAACUGAUCCGACAGCUUUAAUAUCCAUUUGAUAUUUAAUAGGGAGAUUUGCCAGCAGCAUUUUGAAGAUGUUGUUCAAACUAUUUUAAGACCUUAGUCCUCUGUUUUAUUUCUUUUUUGCUGUAGGUGUGAAGCUUCAGUGGAAAGCUGUUUUUAAGGAAGUCCAAGUUUGUUAAACGCUUUACAUGCGCUUUUGUAUUAAGUGGUAAUUCAGCAGUAAAUGUGCAUGUUGUCAUAUUUAUGUUGGUAAUAUAUAUACACACACCUUUUCUGUACAUCUUUAUGAAAAUACACAUAAAAAAGCUCUUGUUGAA